AUGGCUGAUCGAAUGAAACGGCUACGUAAAGAGCUACGGAAACUGAAGCGCCCCGGCCGGCGAGGGAGAACCGCGCCGGGGCCUCUGCACGCCCCGGCACGGUUCUCCCUCGCCGGCCGGGGCGAGCUGCAUCGUCAUCAGACGACCCCUCCAAGAGGCGAGGACGUCGAGGUGUUGAUGAUUCGUACGCAGCUCGACGCGAUGAUUGAGUCGAAUGGGAGCCAUUUGUACAUUCCUCUCAUUGUGUGCCGUGGAUGUUGGGAUACUCGCCUGGAUGAUGUCAUCUUCCAAUUGAGUCGAAUGAAGUGCGGCAAGGGGAUAAAAGUCCUCUGUCGACAUCCAGCUUGCAGAGUUGGAAGGCAGGUUGUGAAUGUUCCUUCCUUCAUGGUCAGAGUGGACUCCCAGAAGCACAUCGACUUCUCACUUACAAGUCCCUUCGGUGGUGGUCGUGCUGGAAGAGUGAAGAGAAAGAACCAAAAGGCAGCUGCAAAGAAGGCAGCUGGUGGGGACGCAACCCGCCUCCCAAAACGGCUACACCCCCACAGCGAAUUCCCUUUAAGGGAUCUUGUUGCCAAACACAUGAAUGGGCAGCACUGGCCUUUGCCAAUUUGUGAACUCUAUGGUCAACAGCCGCAGCCUUGUCUUGGAGUACUGGAAUGUGCAUCAUCAGUCUCAAGGUCAUCUCUUUUAAAGGCUCUCGAUAGGAUUCUGAGUGCACUUAAGGCUUUAGGUCUUACAGUUCCAGUUUUACAUCCCCAGAAAUGCUACAUUGUUUGGGUUCCAUGUAUGUGUGAUGCUCCUUCAGAGGCUGUUGUAAAGGGUGAUAAACCCACUGCUAAAUUGUUCCUUCAAUCCGCAUUUAUGGACUGGAAUAUGCCGUAUGCUGCAGCGCUUCAUGAAAUGAUAUCAGACCCAACCUGUUCUGUGAAAAUGAUGAAAGUUCCUUUACAGUUGUUUCAUUCUGAGCUUCCACCUAUGGUAGUAGAAAUCUUUCUUCCACCUGAACUAAAUUGUGAUGGAGAUUCAAAGGGUCUAUUAAAGUCAUUAUUGUCCACAAUGGCUGAAGAACUCUCCGUACAUAAUGCUGAUUUUGGAUUAAGACAAAAUGAGGAAUUCAGUGUCGAAAGUUCUCGCUCGGAUGCUGAUAGCUUUCUUUACUCUGUGCAUAGAAGAGCAAUGGCUGGAAACAAAAACUCCAGUCCUAAUGGUUGUCCUCCCAAUAUACAAGUCAAAGCCGAGAAUCCUGAAAAUCCUUUGUCAGCCACAAGCAGAACAACAACCGGUUUGGACCAUGUGACUGGAGUUGUCGGGUUGCCUCUGAAACGUAAAUGUGAAGAAGAAACGUGGCCUCUGCUCAAGAGAAACCAAGUCGAUCACAUGCCAUCAAAUCCAAGUCUAUCAAGUGCAUGCGUCAAGAAUGAUGGUUCGGCCGCAAAAUCUGCGCCCGGGAAGUGCAAAGGGUAA